GGGCUUGCAAACGUUCUGCACUGGCAUCAAGUUGAGAACUUGAGGGCGUUGAGAAGGCCCAAAGCAGGAGUGAUAUUGAUGGUCCUUGCACAUCAGGACUGCAGUAGAUCCUGGUCGAAGGAAGGAAGGAAGGAUGAAGCCCGACCCCGCCGAAAUACCCGGAAGGAUGGGCUAAAUCACACCAGCUUCUGAUGCGGGGAGCCAUGACAUUUAUUUAAAUAGAGGACCUUCUUCCCGUCCUAUACGGUCUCCCCGGUGCCCUCACUGUCCAACCUCAUCGUGUCGUUCAUAUAUUCCCUCAGAGUGAAUCAUGAAGGCCUCAAUGCUCCUCGCCGCGGCAGGCGUCGCUUCGGCGGCGCCCAGUGCCCAGCACGCUCGCCGUGCUGCCUGCAGCGACGUCCGGGACCUCCCCGUCACGCGAGAGGGCUCGGCGCUCCUCCUGGACGGGAAGCCGUGGUCCGCCGUGGGCGGCAACAUCUACUGGCUGGGGCUCGACGAGAACGUGACGCCGCCUGCGGGCGAGCCGUACUACGCGCCCCUCAAGGCCAGCUACCCUACCAAGGGCCGCAUCACUGAGGCCAUGGCGGUGACCAAGGCCAUGGGCGGGACGGCGAUCCGCGCACACACCCUCGGCGUCAGCACGGGCAACCCGCUCAGCCUGAUGCCGGCGCUCGGUACCGUCAACCCGGCCGCCUUCGACACCAUCGACUGGGCCGUGUACCAGGCCCGCGAGUACGGCCUGCGCCUGAUGGUGCCGCUGACGGACAACUUCGACUACUACCACGGCGGCAAGUACAACUUCCUGCGGUGGCACGGCAUCAGCGCCUCGUCGACCGACCCGGCCGUGCAGCAGUUCUAUACCAACGCGACCAUCAUCGCGUCGUUCAAGGACUACAUCCACACGCUGCUGACGCACGUGAACCAGUACACCAACAUCUCGUACGCCGACGACCCCACCAUCUUCGCGUACGAGACCGGGAACGAGCUGUGCGGGCCCGUCUGGGGCGACAUGAACGUGCCGGCCUCGUGGGUGCAGCAGAUCGGCGCCUACGUCAAGUCCCUGGCGCCCAAGAAGUUGUUCGUCGACGGCACAUACGGCGUCAACAGGGAGCACCUGUCAAUUGCCGAGGUGGAUAUCUUCUCUGAUCACUACUACCCGAUCAGCCUGAGCAAGCUGAAGGGCGAUCUGGCACUAGUCGCAUCGGUGAACAAGACCUACUAUGCGGGCGAAUACGACUGGGUUGGCAGUGGCGGGUCCUCAGGCGACAGCUCCCUCUCCUCGUGGUUCAGGGCCAUCGAGUCGAGCCCCGGCGCCAUCGGCUCGGCCUUCUGGAGCCUGUUCGGGCACAACGUGCCAGACUGCACCAAGUUCGUGGACCACAACGAUGGCCUCGCGCUGCAGUACGGCAACCCGGCGAACUCGGCCCAGACGACGAGCAAGAUCCAGCUGGUCCGCCAGCACCUCGUGCAGAUGAGCCAGGGCACCCCCAUCGACGCGACGGCCGCGCUGCCGGCCGUGGCCUGCCCGGCUUCCGCCGAUGGGCCUGCGGCGCGGAUGGCGAGAAAAGCGUGAGAGAUAAAGAUGGAUCGCUCAGUUGGGCCGGGAGAGCUGAGGGGUGUCAGUCCUGCGCUCUGGGGGGGAAAUUAGGGGGGGCUGGGGCAAGCAACAGGUAUUUCACGUUGCUAGUGAAGCUGGUACGAGUCGCUUAGAAAGUUCAGGAGCGAGCCCUCAGUUUCCGACUCGGCCUACUUUUAGCUAGCUAAAGAAAAUCAGGUCAAAUUGCUCU